CUAGUGAAUCUGCUCCUGCAAAUAAUGGCGGAGCUGAUCAAUAACGAAACCCUUUCACUAGUACUUGUGGCCGUUUUCUUCAUUCUCCUCUACUGUUGGUCUUCCACUUCCCCUAUUACUACAAAACACUCACCACCUUCCCCACAAAAACUCCCCAUCAUCGGAAACCUUCACCAGAUACGUUCGCCAAGGUUCCCGCUACACGUCUCACUCCAUGCCCUGUCUCGACUGCAUGGCCCACUCAUGCUCCUCCACUUCGGAAGUGUCCCCGUCCUCGUCGUCUCAUCGGCCGAGGGUGCUCAGCAAAUCAUGAAAACACAUGACCUCGCAUUCUGCAGCAGGCCCAAGUCCACCAUCUUUACAAAGCUUCUCUACAACUCGAGAGAUGUGGCCACGACGCCGUACGGUGAGUACUGGAGGCAGGUGAAGAGCAUAUGCGUAUUGAAUCUCCUGAGAAGCCAAAGGGUUCGGUCCUACCGCAGCAUUAGGGAAGAGGAGACCAAAGCCAUGAUCAAGAAGAUAAUGGACGCAAAAGGAGUUGUGGAUCUGAGGGAGAUGCUUAUGACACUUACGAACGACGUGGUCUCGAGAGUGGCUCUGGGGAAGAGCUACUACAGUGAUGGGGGCUUUAAGGAGCUUACGACGGAGCAUACGGAGUUGCUGGGGAGUCUUUAUAUUGGGGACUAUAUUCCAUGGCUUGGUUGGUUGAGCCGUGUCACUGGUUUGGAUGCCAAACUAGACGGAGUGGCUAAACGGUUUGAUGAUUUCUUGGAUGUAGUGAUUCAAGAGCAUAUGGAUAGUGCUGACCAGAAGGUCGAGGACCAAAAAGAUUUUGUGGACGUUUUACUUGACGUCCAGCAGCAAAACUCGCUUGGUUUUCAUCUCGACAGCAUCGGUUUAAAGGGUGUCAUCUUGGACAUGUUUGUUGCUGGAACUGAUACCACAGCUACACUGCUAGAAUGGGCCAUGGCUGAGCUUAUAAAGCACCCAAAAGUCAUGUGCAAAUUGCAGAACGAAGUAAGGGCUGUCCACAGAGGUGAAGAAGACAUAUUAACAGAGGAUGAUUUGCUCGAUAUGCCCUACUUGAAGGCAGUGAUCAAGGAGACUCUUCGCUUACAUCCUCCACUUCCCUUGAUUAUGCCUAGGAUAUCGAGCCAAGAUGUGACAAUAAAUGGUUACAACAUUAAAGCCAACACCCAAGUCAUAGUGAAUGUUUGGCAAAUCGGGAAAGAUCCCAAAUCGUACGAUUACGAACCGGAGGAGUUCGAGCCAGAAAGAGUCUUGAAUGCUAAUAGUGGUAUAACUUACAAGGGAAGUGACUUUGAGUUGAUUCCGUUUGGAGCUGGCAGGAGGGUGUGUCCCGGGAUACAGUUUGCUACUGCUGUUUAUGAGAUUGCUCUCGCAAAUUUAGUGCACAAGUUUGAUUGGACAUUGCCUGGUGGAGUAAGAAGCGAAGAUUUAGACAUGACUGAAACAUCUGGUAUAACGACUCAUAAACAAGAUCCUCUAAAGGUCGUUGCUAUUUCAUAUAAUUCAUCUGCUUAG